AUGAUUUGUGUCCGUCAGUGCUGUGUGAGGCCUCUCGGAAGGCCCCUUCUUCGCAUGCUUCCACGCCAGAGCCAGCAGCCGACGGCAAGCUGGUUUGCUCCUUCUUGGGAUGGGGGCGAUGCUGGUCAGUGGGGCUAUGCCAGCGGCUAUGUCCAGGAGGCAGGGCCCUGCUGGGAUCCAUAUGCUUCCGCUGCGCCAGCGAUGUGGGGUCAGCCUGAAGACCCAGCGAUGUGGCAGACGAAGGACCAGCAGACCAUGCAAAUGCCUGCCAUUCCGGACUUUUCGGUCCAUCAUGCAGGCGGCAGUUCCAUGCGGCCGGGUCAGGAGAUGCCGCAGCCUAUGCAACCCCCCAUGAUGAAGUGGGCAACUGGAGGCCACACCGCGCGAGAAGGCAGAGCACAGCUGCCUGUGCCAUCUUUGCGUGCACCUACACAUGGAAUCCAGGGCACGGCCGCUGGCGACGCCGGGAGGCGCAGGGUUUCCGGCCACGUGUCUUCCGCAGACUGGGCACGGAACGAAGAGGCUGCGAGGAAAGCUGCCAGGGUGAAAAGCCACGAGGCCUUCCAUCGCAAGAUGCGGAACAUCCAGCUCAACAAGGACCUGCUGGCUUGUGACAGUUCCGACGGGGUCCUGAAGAUUUGCGACGAGAACCUGGAUGACUUCAACCAAGUGAACGUUGUGACGGCCCUGCACCGCAUCGCCAAGCAUCACAAGGGCGGAUGCGGCAGAGAUUGGCAGGAGCAGGGCCCCAGGAACUCUGGCUCCAAUGCCCGCGGCAGCCGUGGCUGA